UCCCUUACCACCUCUUUCCUCUCUUCCCCCGAGCCCCCUCUACCCCCGCGUGGUUUCUUUCAUUCUGCACUCUCAUCUUCUAAACCCUCUUCCUCUCUUCCCUCAUCAGAUCGCCGAGCCGCGGAGAGACAUAAUGCUCGACUCUACUCGGACCUAUCUAGACUCCGGUCUCCUCCCCCUCCCCUCCUCACCAUUGGAGUAGGUCCGAGCUGAUCGUCACCGCCGCCCAGGUUUUAUCUCUCCCUCCCAAUUGUUGUACCUAUCCCUUUCUUCCUCCUUCUCCCCUCUUUCCAGCAAUAAAAAUUCCCGUCUUUGUUCUCUUUUCAAUGCUUCUGAUAUACCUAAACCCGUAUUAGCGAAACCCGCUUCCGUGACUCUCCGCAUGGCUUCAUUACCCUUUCAAGGAUUUCAUCCGAUGGCCUCCAAUACGAGUUUCCUGUAAUUGGGUUCAAUUGGAGCAAUUGGCUGUGGAGUUUCAUUUCAAUUACGGUCAACCUUAGGUGUUGGAUCUGAGUUCGUUCGUGUCUGUGCGGGAUUUAGGGUUUUGACCAACCUUGUUGCGAAUUUUGGCUAUUUUCUUUUCUGGCUGUUGACACCAAUUGAGGGUUUCUCCGACCUUUUUCUUCCCCCCCCCCCCCCCAAUUUGUAAUAAAGUUGAGGUUUCGCAAUUUAAUUCUCCUUUCUUAAAAUUUUCUCUGGUAGUUUCAUUUCGUUAAUCUUCCUGACACCGUUUGUCGGAAUUUGUAAUAAAGUAAGCUUUUUUAUACCCUGGUCAUUGAAAUUGGAAUGGGGGAAGAGACAUCGGAUGUGAUGAACCUUGAUCUGAAUCUGGGUCCUGAUCCAGAGCCAGCAUCUGGCUCCAUAACCAAUCAAUCCGUGAGCUUAGAGGAUUGGAUUGAAGAGCCUCUUCACAGGGUUAGCGACGCGGUUAGGCAUAGGACUCGACAGAGGUGGAGAUGGCGGCAUCUUCACAUUAACCCUCCCGAACCCCAUCGUGGCUUUCUUAUUUCACCUGAGGCACACCGGGAAUACUUAUUUCACCUGAAGCCCAAAAUCUCAAUGGAAUUGAAUCAUUUGUUGGUCAACCCUGGUAAUGGCAGUGCGUUACAGGCUGGGGAAGGUAGCGUGGCAGCUGAAGAAAGAACAGAGCUGGCAACAAAAGCUUGUGAAACAAACAAUGGUGCUACGGAGGAUGAAGCAUCAGACAAGAAGGAUGAUGUUGAGAAAGGUAGUAGCAAUGACGGGAGCUUUUUUGAUUGUAAUAUCUGUUUGGACCUGGCUAGAGAUCCUGUUGUGACUUGCUGUGGCCAUUUGUUUUGCUGGCCAUGCCUCUAUCGGUGGCUACAUGACCAUUCAGAUGCUAAGGAAUGUCCAGUUUGCAAGGGAGAGGUAACAUUUAAAAAUGUUACGCCAAUAUAUGGUCGUGGAAACAAUGUCCGUGAACCUGAAGAAGAUCCUUCUCUUAAGGUCCCUCUUAGACCCCAUGCUAGGCGUGUUGAAAGUCUGAGACAAACCAUUCAUCGUAAUGCAUUUGCAUUGCCAGUUGAAGAGAUGAUUCGGCGUCUUGGAAGUCGAAUUGAUCCCUCUCGAGAUGUAGGCCAGCCACAUGAGCCUGACAUUGCCCGAGAAGCAGCUGACAGAACCACAGCCUUGUUAAAUAGAUUUUUGACCUCUCGGGCAUUAAGGAGAGAGCAUAUUCAUGGGGCAACCGCAGAUGAUGUAGCGGACUUAACACAAAACAACACUGGCGGCCCUGAGGUGGGGGAUAACCGCAGGGUUCAAUCCCUUUUGCUUCGAAGACAAUCAAAUAGAACAACACUUUCUUCUCUUUCAUCAGCUCUGAGUUCUGCUGAGAGAUUUUUUGACGCAUACAUCCGUGGCCAUCCCAUAGGUAGAAACCAAGAGCAGCCUCCACCAGUCGAUGACAGAGAUUCCUUUUCAAGUGUUGCUGCUGUUAUAAACUCGGAGAGUCAAGUAGACACUGCUGUAGAAAUUGAUUCCAUGGUUUCCUUAUCGACAUCCUCUUCCAGGAGGAGAAAUGAUGCAUCUCGAGUUUCUGAUGUGGAUAGUGGAGAUUCUCGAGCUCCCAGGCGAAGACGUUUGAACUGACAAAAAUCUUUUUGAUCAAGUUAUUAUCCUUUCUUUACUGCAUAAAUUUAUAAUAUUCCAACAGCUAUGUAAGUGCCUUUAUAUGGCUUUAUAUUAAUGAAGCAUUCUCCUUUUACUUCCA